ACUAGGAAUGUGCAGCCACUCGCCGAGCCACCUGGCGGGCAGCCGGUGACACGCGCCGCGAAGGUUCCCGUCACCUCGCUCGCAUGCCUCAGUCGGCUACUUGACAGGGAAGGCGGGGGUUGCGCGGCCCUUCACGCGCUCCCGGCAUUUUUUUUCUCUGCUUGUCUCUUAUUGUUUAUUAGUGUUCAUGCGUGCUUCAGGUGAUACUAUGAACUUUUAACAUCUUUACAACUGUCACGAUAUUUCGAAAGGGUGUUUUAGUGAAUCUCAAAGUACUGAUCAAUCACUUAUAGAUCACUUAAGGAGCGACCGUAAUUGGUUACAAUUGACUACGUAAACUGUGUCAGCGAUGCUUGACUGUGCCUCCGCGACACCCCAGCGCCCCGCACGCCGGUCAGCCUCUCAAGCCAGCGGCCAGAAGUACCGGAAGUAAACGGUGUACAAAAGACACGCACUGAGGUCAAGAAAGUGUCGGGACUUAUUAAGAGUUAUGAUAAGCGGCGCACGACAGUCCCCACACGCAAACUAAGCCCCGGGUGACGUCACGGGCAGUGCGAAAUGAGGACAUGACUAUCUAGCCUGAGGUGCCACGAAGGGAAAUGAAAAGCAAUUAAAACUGUACACUUACGCAUCAGUGAGAGGAGUUUGACAUACCUUUAUCAGCCAGGACACCACAGGACAUUAUCUCACCGGCCAGAGAAAGAAGUGCCGGGUCUGGGGUGGCUAGGAUCGCUGAGUACAAUAUGUGAUAGCCAGUGACGCCUUCCAAUUAUGACUGAGGUAGUGCUGAACGAUCCCGCGGACUCGCAAUCGCUUAUGUCGUUGUCUCGUGAUGUCGCUGAGGGAGGCGGUGCGCUGAUCCCCGCCUCCCACCCCGGCCGCGUCAGGAAGGUGCGGCCGUCCCAGCUCAAAGGGAAGCGAGUGUCAGACAAGAACAUGACUCAGAAGACCACCCAGUACAAGGACUAUCUCUCCGAGCAGCGGUCGAAGAGACUCAGCAGGCAGAAGGUAAGGGGCAGGGAUGGCGCGAAGAAAAGUAAAGGAAAAGUGACCCAACAAGAAAAUGCUGCGGAGAAGGAAGAAGAGGAAGGAGAGAAGGUGGACGCAUCGGACAUGAAUGGAGAGGACACAGGGGAGUCGAGGCUGGUGUCUGCAGGGAGUGACACAAGUAAGGAUGAAGGGAUCAGCAGCAACGGGGAGAAGGAUGAGGACUUCGAGACGGACACGCAGGAGGUCCUCGCCGGCCAGCCUGACGACGACGAGGACGAGGGGCGCGGGAGCAUAAAGGACGAGGGUGAAGAACCUCCCGAUGACCCCGACCAGGAAGUGCCGGGCGACCCCGAGGCGCCUCCUGCAGAACCCGAAGUAGAACCCGAAGCUCCUGCAGAACCUGAUGCAGAACUCGAUGCAGAACCCGAGGCCGAACCCGAGGAAGCUCCUGCAGACCCCGAGCCAGAACUCGAAGAACCCACAGCAGAACCCGAAGUAGAACCCGAGGCGCCUCCUGCAGAUCCUGAGCCAGAACCCGAAGAACCCGCAGCAGAACCUGAAGUAGAACCCGAGGCGCCUCCCGCAGAACCCGAGCCAGAACCCGAAGAGCCUCCCGCAGAACCUGAGCCAGAACCCGAAGCUCCUCCUGCAGAACCCGAGGCCGAACCCGAAGAACCUCUCGCAGAACCUGAGCCAGAACCCGAAGAAGCUCCUGCAGAACCCGAGCCAGAACCCGAAGAAGCUCCUGCAGAACCCGAACCUGAACCCGAAGAUCCUUCUGCAGAACCUGAGGCAGAACCCGAAGAUCCUCCUGUGGAACCUGAGCUAGAACCCGAAGAACCUGCAGCAGAACCUGAGCCAGAACCCGAGGCGCCUGCAGCAGAACCUGAGCCAGAGCCCGAAGGAGAACUCGAGGCGCCUCUUGCAGAUCCUGAAGUAGAACCCGAAGCUCCUCCAGCAGAACCCGAGGCCGCUCCUGAAGGUGGCGAAGAGGCGGCGGCAGAAGAAUCGCAGCAGGAGGAGGAGAUAACAGAGGAUCCGGCCCUCGCCAAAGUCCCUCGGAAGAAAUCCAAACGCGUGACUAUAAGCCCUCGGAAACCUGAAUCAGACGUCACCAAAACCCCUCGACGGAAGCCUCACGACCCCAGCAAAGUCAUGGCUACAAGGAAGCCCAUUUCUUGGCGUCCGGGACCCAUCCAGGCCACCAGCAAAAAAUCCGACAUUUCGAAGCCAAACCAAAAGAAGUUCAAAGCUAAGAAACCCUCGGAGGUGUCGAUCACAAUAGAUGAAGAGAAAGAGAUAAAAAUAUCCCCAGUGGAAACAGUGAAUGAGGGUGUCGAAGAGGAGUCCAGCGGCGAAGUCGAUGCGGCAGAACUCUCCGUACCGCUUAACCUCGACACCUUCAGGUCGGAGGGUCACCUUGACACCUUGGCGGAGGAUGAACCGCCGUUGCUGGAGAAGUCAGAGUCCCUGCCGGAGCUCCAACGACCCUCGACAGCAGGCAACAAGAACAAGAUCUCCAAGCGGAAGAAGGCGCGGCCGAGGAUCAACUCCACGUGGAAGAAGGAAGAGUGGUCAGCGCUUCUCUCUCAUCGGUCCUCCACCUCGCACGGGGCGGCUGCGGACGGCGGCUCUACCAGCGAGGUGUGGGUGCCGGACGAGAACCGCCUCUACGUCUACACCUACAGCUCCGAGCCUCGCCUGCUUCACGUGCGGCGGCUGGGUUCCAGGAGGGGCGUUGUCACCACGGACCUGUUUGAUCAUGAUCCCAACUCCUCCUUCAGACUAAGAACCAGGGGCAAUGGCAACCCGAUGUACGACAGGCGCGUGGUGCGGGGCUCGAACUACGCCAAGAGACUGGGAGGCGAGGAAAUGCCCAAAUGGAACCCUUACUUCACCAACGCUCGCUCUCUUGAAAACAUUAACAAGGGGGAGCCAGAGGCCUACAACCAGCGCCGCCAAGAGUUCCGCGAGAAGCUGGAGGCGCGGGCGAGGCUACGAAGGGAGAGCCAUGGCAUGUCCUCCCUGUACCCUUCCCACACCUCCCACGCCCGCCACCGCGCGCACUCUCACACCCACGCGCAGACGGAGAACUACUACGAGCCUCUUGAGCGUCCCCCCGAGGCCGAGGUGGGGAUCCAGACGGAGGGGUGGGGGGAGGAUGGCGCGUCUCCCCCGGUGGUGUUCCAGUCCCCCCCCGGCGUGGACGUCAGCACCCAGGUAUACGAAGACGAGCUUUACGAUGAAGAGUCGGGCGCGAUGGCGGUAGCGGCCCUGGUGGCGAGAACCCUGCGAGAGGCGGCCGUCGAGGUGCUGAUGGAGGAAAAGGAGGAGGAGGAGCGGCUGAAGAAGAUGAAAGACGAGCUACUGGGCAAGGGAGUCAGCGCGGGCGAGGAACAGCCUGAGGAGAAUAGUAUAGAAGCCGAAGAGAAGGAAGGCGAAGAAGGUGAAGAGAGAACAGAUCCGGAGGGCAAGGAGACUUCGCCCCUAGACACCGAGGAGCCAGCCAGGUCUCCGGAGCUCUCUGAAGACGUGGAGAAGGACGCCGCGCUACCUGAAGACGAAGGGACGCCGCAGGAGCCGCCGCCCGAGAUCGCUGGGGAGUCUGAGCCCAUUGCUGCGUAAACAAUGGACGGCUGACUCGCUCACUUCUGUAUCCAUGAGUUGGUCCACAUCCGAACUGUCUCCUCCUCCUUCUCCUCCUCCUACUUCUACCUACUCGCCGUCAGCCGUCCCCUCAGCUGACAGACCAAGACCCGUACUCUCAAACACUUCGGCGCUUUAGUACAUCUAUUCCAAGGCCCUCGUAGAAGGUGUAGGGAGACGAAGAGUGGUUUCACAUCUCUGGCUGUAGAUUGCAAGAUUUCUAUGCCAUGAGAGCAGAGAAACACCCUUGGGAACCCGUCGCAUCGUAGAAGGUGUAGGGGUUUCCAUGGGUAGUUUCACACCUCUAGCGGUAGUUUGCAAGAUUUCUACGUCAUGAGCCGGAAAAACACUUGCGAACCUGAUGCAUCUUUUCCGUGGCCUUUGGAAAUUAUCGUGACAAGACCCCGAAGCCUUUGAGAAUACGAGUCCAAGAUAGUAACCGAGAUUAUAGUCACGGAAAUAGACAUACGAUUUUUUCUACUUACUAAAUGACGGAAGUUUUUUGUUUUCGACGAUUUAAGUGUUUGUAACGAAUGGUGUCCAGUUAUUACUCAUUCACGUUGUAGUCCAGGCAAGUAUUUAAGUAAAGAAUGUGGAAUGCUUGUGAGGUGUGGAGAAGGGAUGUGUGAGGUAAGGUGUGAUAAUGAUGAUGAUGAUGAUAGUGUGUUUUCAGUUCGUUGCAAGAAUGUUAAGAGUUUUGUUAGAAUUUCAUGGGAACUCAGCACGUACAAUUUUAAGUGUCUAGGCAAUUAAAUUAAAAGGAAGAAUAAAAAGGACAGUGAGAAGAA